AUGGUAUUUAUCUUAGAAGAGCAACAAGUGAAUGUUGUAGCAAUAUUGCAAGAGUUCUGGGAAAGCAAACAGAAGAAGGCUGUACUUCCAAGUGAAGGCAUCAUUGUGUAUGAGUCACUGAGCAGCCUGGGCCCACCAUUUGUGAGCUAUGUUACCUUGCCUGGAGGAAGUUGCUUCGGUAACUUUCAGUUCACAAUAGGAGAGAAAGGACAUGAGCAAGAUGAUUUACAGCAGCUUCGACGUCAGGAGCUGGUGAAAAAGAAGAUAAAACGUCAGCUGACAAAACAACAAAAGUCUGCUCUAAGACAACGACUGCAGAAAGGAGAGGCAAAUAUUUAUACCAAACAGCGUCGAGAAAAUAUAUUGGCUAACAGACCCGUUUUUCAUUUGUUGUUUAAGGUGGAAAUGGGAAUGAAGAACCAUGAAAUAGUUCCUGCCAGCUUAAUUGCUUCUAUUGCAAGCCUGAAGCACGGUGGCUGUAAUAAAAUUUUGAGAGAGCUGGGGAAACACAGGCUCCUGGCUUAUGAACGAACUAAAAUGGUCCAGGGCUAUCGAUUAACUAAUGCAGGGUAUGAUUACCUUGCCUUGAAAACUCUGUCUUCCCGGCAAGUCAUCAGUUCUGUUGGAAAUCAGAUGGGUGUUGGCAAAGAAUCAGAUAUUUAUAUCGUUGCAAAUGAAGAUGAGCAGCAGUUUGCAAUGAAAUUGCAUAGGCUUGGAAGAACUUCUUUUCGCAGUCUGAAAAACAAGCGUGACUACCAUAAGCACAGGCAUAAAAUGUCAUGGCUGUAUUUAUCCCGGCUAGCAGCAAUGAAGGAGUUUGCCUACAUGAAGGCUUUGUAUGACAGAAAAUUUCCUGUUCCAAAACCUGUAGACUACAACAGACAUGCAGUUAUUAUGGAGCUCCUUGAUGGCUAUCCUUUGUGCCAGGUGCGCCAAAUGGAAGAUCCUGCCUCUGUCUACAGUGAAUUAAUGGAGUUAAUUGUAAAACUUGCCAAUCACGGUUUGAUUCACGGGGAUUUCAAUGAAUUCAAUCUCAUACUGGAUAAUGAUGACCAUGUCACUAUGAUUGAUUUUCCACAGAUGAUAUCAACAUCACAUCCAAAUGCUGAAUGGUAUUUUGACAGAGAUGUUAACUGUAUUAAGGAGUUCUUUAAGAAACGCUUCAACUAUGAGAGUGAGCUCUUCCCAGAAUUCAAAGACAUCAGAAGAGAGAGUUCUCUUGACAUAGAGAUUGCUGCCAGCGGAUAUACAAAAGAAAUGCAGGAAGAUGAUGAACUACUUCGCCCAUCGGGCUCUGAUGAGGAUGAUCAUGCAGCAGAGGUAUCAGAAUUUGAAGAAUUUGCUGAGAGUAAUCUCAAAUUCUUCAGAAGUAAUCAGGAAGAUAAUGCAGAAUUAAUACAGGAAGAGGAUUCUGAAAGCAGAACCUCUGAAGAUGCAGUGUAUCACAAUGAAGAGGCUGAUACCACUGAAACUAGUGAAAAUCUACAAAAACUGAGUUUGUCAGAGUUGAGUUCUGCCAUAAAUAAGGUUGAAGUGCAACCUGUGCAUUGUAAAUCCAGUGAAGCUGCAGAGAGUUGUGUAACUGUGUUUUCUGAGCAUGAAAGGAUGCUUGAAGGUACCUCAGAAAAUCAGGCAGCUCAAGGAGAGUGCUGCAUUGACAAGGACAACGAAGAUGAUGAAUGCCCUGAUCUGGUUGACCUGUCAACUUUAAACAAGAAGUUGAAGCCUUACAGAAAUGAGGAUAAUAUACCUCAUAUUGCUGAGAACAAGGCAAGAACAAGGACCACAUCAGUCAGCAGUCUUGGGAGCUGUUCAACCAUUCCACCGGUAAUAAUUACUGUUGUUAUGGCAUUAUUAUCAUCUAGUUAACUCUGAGACCAUCUUAAAUUUUCACGUAGAUGUUAGUAAGUAUUUGUAAAAAUGCCUUCUGGGAUUAUUUGGUUUUCAGUGAUUACUACCAUGUACCUCUCUUGUUUGCAGUUACAUGGUCAUAGACAAAUAGUACUGAUAAUUAUCUAAAUGCUGACUUAUGAAUUAUAUCCAGCACUUUAUUCUAUUUGUUAUUCUUUUUUCUGUUACAAAAUCUCUAUGCUUGUGUAAGCAACUUUAAUUUGACAGUAGGAGGUAUAGACCAUACAAUCUGUUCUUUCAUUUCUCUUACUACAAAUGAAUUAUGUUCCACAAUUAAUGUUUUUGUAUUUUAGAAGUGAAUAUUUAAGUGAAGAUUUCAUGUGCUCUGUUUAGAGAUUUCUGUAUGCUUUCCUGAAACAUUUAUAUCGACUCAUUUUAGUAACGGUUUAUCCAAUAAUUUGAAUCUAACUUUCAGCAUUAUAUAAAUCAGGAGGUUUUGCAGCAGAAUUUAAUGUCUUUUUUUCAACCACAGUCUAUACACUAGUCAAUGUGGCUUCCUCCAUUACAUUUUAAGAAGUACAUUUUAGUUUCAAAGGGAAAAAAGGACAGUUAUGUGUAAAUAAAUGUAUCAAGAAAGGGCGUGCUUGGAAGUUGUCUCAAGACAUUUGUACAGGGCUUCACAUUUGUUAGUCAUUCGAGUUCUUACUGUAGAGAGUGGCUUUGUACCUUCUUAAGGAAACAAAGAAUUGGAUUUGAUUUAUGGAAUGGGGUAAAGAAGAGCCAGGAUGACCUGCCAGGAGUCCUUUAAUCUCUGGUGCAUGCAGUGUGAUGUGUUUUUUUCAGUUGUUGUAUUUUUGUGUAUGGUUGUUUGUUUUUUUUCUUUUUCCGCAGUUUGCUAACUAAAGUUUGCAGAAUUGCUUUAAAUUUCGAUAGGGGUUACUUGAAAUUAUAUUUCUAUUCACCAGUAGGUGGUAGCAGUGGUCACGAUGUAAUUCUAGAAACCUUUCUGAGUGUUUAGAGGGUGUUUGUUUAUUCUGUACACAGACACAUAGAACUUGUGAGAAAAUAUUCAAAUGGCAUGUAAGUACAUAAUUCUCUUCUGAAAGAAAUGUAAGAGCACUUUGGCAGAAGAGGCUUUCAAGAGAUGCAGCCACAUAAAAAUCCUGUUUAUCCAGUUUGCCUUACGUAAUCAUUCCAUUUGCAUGCUCUUAUGCUGAGUAAAAUGGUGUUUCUGUCCAUUGAUAAAUCUUAUUUGAAAGUUUGAAUGCUAGAAGUAAAUAGUAGAACUAAGGGGAGGGUAUGUAUAUGAGCUAUUUCUAAUAUAAGGACAUGAUUACAAAACUAAAACGAACAAAGGUACUGCAGUAGGACCCACUGUGACUGCUGCUCGUACUUUUCUGUUGUUCAUACAGUUUUCUCCAUGGAGAAACAUAUUAAAACAGAUAUUCAGAUUGAACACAGAGAAGGAACUCUUACGGACAUAAAUAAGCAAUAAUGGUAAUAGCAGUAGGUACAGUCAUAGCUUGGAGUAUGCCAAAGCAAAAACAGUAUGAGCUAAAGAAAAUAAAAUAUUCUAGACAAAAUAAAGUAUCUGACUGUGCUUGUAGAAAUCUUUUUGGGACUUUUCUCAUUUAAUCAAAGGAAAUACUGUGAACUGUCAAAAACCUUAAACAGCAAAAUGUAAAUUUGUUUACUCUGAAAUUCUUCUGUUUUUGCUUAUAUUUAAGUUUAGGAUGAUGGUAAGACAAAUGAGACUUUGCACGCUGUGGUUGAGCAGUAGAAUUUUGCAAAUUUACGCUAUGAUUACAUAUCAGAAAUACUUGGUGUUUGUGUUGCAAGACUUCUUGCUUGAACUGUGAAUAAAGUCAUCUGCUCACUGCAGCGGGAGAAGUAGAGAAGCCACCUUUAAGGGCUCUACCUAUAAAAAGCAAAGAAUGACAUCUUUUUUCCUGACAGAAGGAGAACAUUAAUGGACCAGUUUUAACUAAUUCUGUUAAGUUUUCUUCAGGAAUUUUUGAGGAACAUUUUUACAGAAAAUACACAGUUAAUUUCCAAAGAGCUUGUUGUUAAAUUCUGAGGUGAAACAGAUACAUCAUAAACAAGAUUAAUGUAACGUAUUGCCUGAUGAUAAGAGUAGAGAGCAGCGAAUUACUGAAAGCAGACUAAAACCACCUUUCCCCCACUCGCCCUCCUCCAUGUUCUCCCCUCAGACAGCACACGUGAAGAUGCAAUGGAUGCUGUGGUCAGUCUGGUCAGUCCGUGACACUUCACCUCCCCUGGUUCUCCUUGGUCCCUCUGUGCCCUGCCUCACGUGGGUUCCCCUGAGCAGUCCCACUGGCUGCAGCUCUCCCAGCACCACUGGGAUAGUGCCUUCAUGAUAGCUCCGUGCCUUCAUGUUCCAAAUGACAUAUUUACAGCUGUAACUAUUAAAUUAUGGAUUGAUUUUUAUUAUGGAUACUUUUAGCCAUAUGCAAUAUAUAGUAGAACUCAGAAUGAAAACAAAAGGGUAAAUAACAUGACUUUUCUUAAA